CUCCUUUUCGGAACCAUCUCAGAGAAGGGAAGUUGGGGAAAGGAGUCAGAAACCCUAGCUUCUUCCUGCAAGGAACCCUUCUCCUAAAAUCGCUGGAUUCUCGGUCUCCGAACCCACUUACGUCUAUCUCUGCACCGUCCAUCUGGUGGGCCGUACCUUCGUUCGGCCAUAGUUAAAGAGAGCACAAAGAUGGCAUCGAAUGAGGGAUUCCUGACUGACGAUCAGAGGGAACUAUUGAAGAUUGCAUCUCAAAAUGCGGAGGUGUUGUCUUCAUCUCCAAAGUCGCCAACGUCGUUGCUUCCGGACCAUCAGAUCAGAGUUGCUACUGGUGGGAGGGCUCCCACAGUUGGUUUUGCUGUGAGGCAUGUCCGUCGGUCGCACUCGGGAAAGUUGGUACGCGUGAAGAAGGAUGGUGGCGGCGGAAAAGGCACAUGGGGUAAAUUACUGGACACUGACAGUGACUCUCGGCUUGACCGUAAUGACCCUAACUAUGACAGUGGAGAGGAACCUUACCAGUUAGUAGGCGCCACUGUUACAACUCCCUUUGAUCACUUCAAGAAGGAUGUGGUUACCAUCAUAGAGGAAUAUUUCACCACGGGUGAUGUGGACCAGGCAGCUUCAGAUCUCAGAGACCUGGGUUCUUAUGAGUUUCAUCAUUAUUUUGUUAAAAGACUUGUCUCCACAGCGAUGGACCGCCACGACAAAGAAAAGGAAAUGGCAUCCGUUCUACUAUCAGCCCUGUAUGCUGAUGUGAUAAGCUCGGAUCAGAUCAGCCAAGGGUUUGUCAUGCUCCUGGAAUCUGCCGAUGACCUGGCACUUGACAUACUCGAUGCGGUAGACAUCCUGGCGCUGUUCAUUGCACGUGCGGUAGUUGAUGACAUUCUCCCACCAGCUUUCCUCACUAGGGCAAAGAAGAAGCUCCCGGACUCCUCCAAGGGACUUGAGGUUAUACAGACUGCAGAAAAGAGCUACUUGUCUGCUCCCCACCAUGCAGAGUUUGUGGAGCGGCGAUGGGGCGGAAGCACCCAUGUGACGGUCGAAGAGGUGAAGAAAAAAAUUGCGGAUUUACUGAGAGAGUAUGUUGAGAGUGGAGAUACAGUUGAGGCCUGCAGGUGCAUAAGGGAGUUGGGGGUCUCAUUCUUCCAUCAUGAGGUGGUGAAGAAGGCUCUGAUCCUUGCUAUGGAGACACAAUCAGCUGAGCCACUUAUAUUGAAAUUGCUGAAAGAGGCAGCAGAAGAGGGCCUGAUUAGUUCUAGCCAGAUGGUGAAAGGGUUUGGUCGGCUUGCUGAGAGCCUCGAUGACCUCUCACUUGAUAUCCCCUCGGCAAAAUCCAUGUUCCAGUUGCUUGUCCCCAAGGCAAUAUCGGAAGGAUGGUUAGACGCAGUGUUGCUCAAGUCCUCAGGGGCUUGUGCUGCACCUGGAGAGUUCCAGGAUGAAGAGGAUGAGAAUGUGAGGCAAUUCAAGGAAGAGGCUGUGAUCAUCAUUCAUGAAUAUUUCCUUUCGGAUGACAUACCUGAGCUCAUCCGAAGCCUUGAGGAUCUUGCUGCUCCAGAGUUCAACCCUGUCUUCCUUAAGAAGUUGAUCACUCUUGCAAUGGACAGGAAGAACAGAGAGAAGGAGAUGGCGUCCGUCCUGCUGUCCGCACUCCACACUGACAUCUUCUCUACGGAAGAUAUUGUCAAUGGGUUUGUCAUGCUUCUGGAGUCUUCAGAGGAUACUGCACUCGACAUAUUGGACGCGUCAAAUGAGCUAGCUCUUUUUCUGGCUAGGGCUGUGAUUGAUGACAUACUCGUUCCACUUAAUUUGGAGGAGAUAAGCAGCAAGUUACAGCCGAAUUGCAGUGGGAGCGAGACAGUGCACAUGGCUCGCUCGCUUCUUGCUGCACGACAUGCAGGGGAGAGGAUACUGAGGUGCUGGGGUGGGGGGACUGGGUGGGCAGUGGAGGAUGCAAAGGAUAAGAUAGCAAAGCUUCUGGAGGAGUAUGAGAGCGGAGGAGUGGUAGGGGAGGCAUGCCAGUGCAUCCGGGAUCUCGGAAUGCCCUUCUUCAACCAUGAGGUAGUGAAGAAAGCAUUGGUGAUGGCAAUGGAGAAGAAGAAUGACAGGAGGAUGUUGGAUCUGCUGCAGGAGUGUUUUGGGGAAGGGCUGAUUACCAUCAACCAGAUGACCAAAGGGUUUGCUAGGGUUGGGGAGGGGCUUGAAGAUUUGGCCCUUGAUAUUCCCAAUGCAGAGGAUAAAUUCAGGUUCUAUGUGGAGCAUGCAAGCAACAAUGGCUGGCUUCUGCCAUCUUUUUCUGCAACAUAUGGUAAUGGAGUGUCUUAUUCUUCUUCUUCUGCAGCUGCUGCUGAUGCUGCUGCCCCUCCAGCAGCUAAGGCGGUGGCUAAUGCUUAAAAAAGAGAGGAGGAUUUAAGUGUUAUCUUCUUCAACAUCUUCUCAAAGAAAAGUCCUGCUUUCUUUUCGUUGCAUUGCUUGCCUCUUUUGUACUGUAACACCUGCGUUUGUAACACUUGAGAGGGUUAGGAUUGAGAGGAGUUGAGGUUUCUUGGAUUUUCCAGUAGAUGUAUUUUUUUUAUAAAAAAAAUUUUAAUGCGUUUGGGGUACCA